AUGGUUGUCGAAUCGUCGAAUAUGACGUCUACUACAUUAAUGACGUUCUUACUGUGCACCGCUCCUCACAUCCGUUCGGUGAAAUUGCUGGGGUCAUGGGAUAACUUCUCGAAACCGUAUGUCAUGGAAAGGGACAAGCGUGUCGGUGCUGGCCAUUGGCGGGGAUGUCAUACCUUCAGCAACAUUGUAUGUGACGGGCAGCCGAAUAGUAUGGGCCGGGCCCGCUCUGGUGGCCUGAAGAUGGGAGGCACCUAUUGGUACUAUUAUUUGUUGGAUGACGAUGUCGAGUACUUCAACAAGUCGGAGCCAGUGACCACACACUGCCCAUUUCUCCCAGGCCAACCGGUCAAUGUCCUUCAAGUUCCCAUCAUUCUUCCCGAUACAACGCCCAUCCAUACCCGAACAAGGAGCCCAAGUGCCCAGAAAACAGAACAUACGAUGAACCCGGAGGACAAAUACAUGAACCCUCGCGAGCCGCCCAAGCCUAAGCUUCGUCUCCGGACAUCUCCGCCGCUGCUACAAACACCGACCCCGAAUUGGUCUUUCAGCACCUCUCCGCUAGGAGCAAUCACCAACAGGGGCGCCUCGCAGCCCGCCCACGGUGCACACAAGGUCAAGGCUCACCGUGUGGAGGACAAGCCAGCUCGCUCUGUAUCCCCACCAAGACCAAAGGGUCUUCGCGCUGCCUUUCGCCAAUGGAAUGCCUCUUCACCCAACCUGUCGCCUACGGCAAAGGAUGGAAGUAUGGCCUGGCUUGUUCCUGGUAACCACAGGAGUAUGCGGCCGCAGUAUGAUGAUCGCCUCCAUGUGAGAAGCCACUCAAAUGACAGCUACAUGCGGUCUCCAUCCCUGGGCCAGAUGCCUGAGAACGAGACCCUUGCCAUGCCUCUUCGUCGCCCGGUUUCCGCAGGGGCGCAUAACUCGGCGUCCCUGACAAUCCAGGAACGACGCGCUUUGACCGCAAAGACCUCGGAUCAUUCUACACCCAAGAACCCCCUAACUCUACAGCCAAAGCAGGCGCUUGCCCAGGCCAGAAAUGGCGACGGUGAAGCUAUGCUUGCAUCUCUUAUAAGAAGACCUCUCUCUACCCCAUCUACCCCUUCUAUGCUAAGAAGGCCGUCUCGUCGCCCAAGGACCCCAGAAGGAUCGAUGACCCCAACCCCACACACUGUCAUAAAUAAGCGGCUUCCUACUUUGCCAAACUCUCCCUCCUCUGUCAUGGACGAGGCACUCGCUGAGCUCGAAGCGCGUGAAAGGCAACUGGACAUGGAGGCUCUUGGAAGCCAUUUCUCGGACUUCACCACGACCGAAUCGGUUACAGCAUGCGAGAGGAGCCGCUUCUCUGAGUGGAGCACCGAUACUGACCUCGUCUCUCCCGAGUCGAUGACUUCCUCCUCCACCUUCAAUGAGAAACAAGACUCUCCUACCAUUCCAGCGAUGGAGUUUUCGCAAAUCUCCAACGCUUCUACCGACAUUGAGCCUAGUGACCCAGAGACGCCGCACCUUACCACAGGCUCAGAAGGGUCUUCUGCAUUCCAGCAAGACUCGCCACGUUUUGACCUCCCUCUUCCCCGUCUCACCAUCACCUUGUCUCCCUCUGAUCUACACAUUCCCGGCCUCUAUAUCAACGAAGAUAGGGAUGACCUUUUAGAGAGCAACCCGAAGCGACAUGCGGCCUUUUUCGAGGCAAUGGAACUGAAAGGCCUCGGCCUGACCAGCCCGCCAGCUUCUACUCUUCGUUUUCCCGAGAGCGUUCAAGACGUCAUGUCAUCUGACAAGACCAUGACGCGCACGAACGACACUGCUCGCUACAGCAACGGCAUGCUGCUCUCUCAGUCUGCGACAAUGAAGGAGAUGAUGGAUGAACUGAGUUAUCUGAAAAACAUGAUUCAGUCAGGAGGUGUCCCAGAGGUCUAG